UGGUUGUCGAUUGAGAUUCACGAUCCCGAAAAAGCUGACCCUACCUUUCUUAAGGUACAGUGCAGUACCCAAAGACAUGAAAGUGGCUGCUGUUCUUUGUUGCCACAGCACGCCAGUCUGCCAUGGCCAGACAUAAAAAGCCCCAGAUCCCAACCACCGUCAGCAACUCUGGGCUGUUGCCUUCUUACGCAAAAUUAUACAGUCUGACACAGUUGCUUACCCUGGUCCUUUCAAUAAGCUCAUUCUUCUUCUACAUCCCCCUUCUCCUCCUUCCCACAGUUGAAUGAGAGAAGAAUAUCCAUGACAGCGACUGACAAAAUGACCGACAGUCCUCCGAGUUGCGUGGAAGAACAUCUCCCAAAAUACAAAUUCGACGGGGAGCGUACCCGGGAAUGGGAAGCCGAAAGAUUGGGUCCUCACGAAAUGCCAGAUUGGUACUGUCCGGGUGGCUUGCAUCCUGUUCGCCUCGGCGACAAGUUCCUUGAUGGGCGCUACGAAGUUGUCCACAAGCUAGGAUUUGGCCAUACCGCUACGGUUUGGCUUGCCAGAGACCAUUCCGAGGGAAGACAUGUCGCCAUCAAGAUUCACAUGGCGUCGGAUUCGACAGAAAAAGAGACGCGCGAAAGCAAUGCCCUUCGUGCCUUGAGCUCGGGCAAAGAGGACCAUCCCGGCCGAGCUACCGUCAUGACAUACCUGAAUGAAUUCACCAUCAGCGGACCAAACGGCUCCCAUCGUUGCCUCGUCAUGGAGUUUGCGGGGCGUCCGUCGUGUUUUCCGGGCUAUGCGCCUGAUAUCGCGCGGGCGAUGGUUGCCCAGGUUCUGCUAGGAGUGGACUAUAUCCACUCUUGUGGAGUGGGGCAUGGUGAUGUGUGUACGAUGAAUCUGCUCUUCAGGUAUGAAAAUGUGGCCCAGAUGACCACAGAGGAGCUGCACAGCCUCUGGGGACGGCCAAGAUUGUUGCCGUUUGAACGGUUAGAUGGAUCCCCCCUGGGGCCAGAAGAACCCUCAUACAUCAUCUCGGAGGCCCGUCCGCAACUCCCUGGGACGGGGACCGGCCCGACAGACAUUAAUGUUAACUUCGUGGUUGUUGACGACGCCCGCAUUGCCAUUGCCGAUUUCGGAGAGGCCUUUCUCGAGACCGAGGGGCGCGAAGACUUGAUCUGUAAUCCUGCUUGGCGCGCACCGGAAUCCAUCUUCCACGAACGAGUCAGUACUGCAUGCGACGUAUGGGCUGCUGCAUGCCUUAUUUGGGAGCUUCUUGCCGCCACUUCCAAGAAAUUGUUUUGUACUGAGCCGUUACCGAAUGAAGACAAGAUACUGGCAGGCAUGGUUGGCGUCCUUGGAGAUUUUCCCGAGCGCUGGUGGCGCCAGUGGGAGGGAAGAAGCGCACUACCCUUAUGAAUUAUAUAGAUGUGGAGCCACUGAGUGAACGGGUGCGCAUGUUGAAUGAUGGAGAAGACCCGUCGACUUGGGACUACAGUCCCGAGGAAGUCCAGGCCCUGGAGAAGCUGUUGAGGGGAAUGCUGAUUUAUGAACCGUCUGAACGCAUCACGAUGCGCGAUGCGCUGAAGUCGGAGUGGAUGGAGAAAUGGGCAUGGGCUGUCCUGAAGAAACUAAGG